UCAAGUAAUGAAACAUCCACAAAAACUAGCUGUUGAACUUGAUGAACAAUCUUUGACAUAUGCUGAACUCUUACAUUAUGUCCAAGUACUAUCUUUAUAUCUUAUAAAGAAAUAUGUUGUUGUUCCAGGUGAAAUUAUAUGUCAAUGUGUUGAGAGAAGUUUGUCGAUGGUUAUUGGUAUCAUGGCGAUUGAAAUGAGUGGUGGUGUCUAUUGUCCAUUGUCACCUCGUGAUCCAGAACAUCGUUUGCAUGCUCUCAUACAACAAACGCAAAGUCGUCUUAUUCUUGUUCAUUGGUUGACAAAGAACAAGUUUAAUAAUAGUAUUAUUUCAUUUGAUAUUCAUUUGAUAUUCACUAAUAAUGAUGUAAUGAGCAAUGUUUAUUUUGAUCGACUAUCGAAUAUUUCAGUCAAAUCAAGUAAUAUUGCUUAUAUCAUUUUCACUAGUGGUUCAACAGGAAUACCGAAAGCCGCGCAAAUUCAACAGCGGAAUAUCACUCAGUGCGAGCCUUUUACUUUAGAUCUAACUGAUCUAUUAGAAAGCUAUACCACAGAAAAAUGUAACAUAUGGAAUUUAUAUGGUCCAGCAGAGACAAUUAUUUGUACUUACCAUCGUGUUCAAUCAGCAGUCAUUAGAAAAACGAUUCCGAUUGGUCUGACAAUGCCUAAUUAUCGAUGUCUGGUCUUCGAUUUAUAUCUACAAAGUGUUAUCGUUCAUCAGGAGGGUGAAUUAUAUGUUGGAGGAGUAGGAGUAUUUGCAGGUUAUCUUGAACGUAACGAUUUAACAGCGAAAGUAUUCACCAAAAUUAAUGAUCAUGUAUUCUAUCGAACAGGUGAUCUUGUUCGAAUGGACAAUAACGGAUUGAUACAUUAUGUGGGCAGAAAAGACCAUCAGAUAAAAUUACAUGGUCAAAGAAUCGAACUUGAUGAAAUCGAACAAUGCUUACUUCGGACAUCGAUUUCAGCUUGUGUUGUCAUUAAAUGGGGUGAUGAUCAUCUAAUUGCUUAUGCUCAGAGCUUCGAUAUUGAUGAAAAACAAUUACGGAAACACUCCCAAUCGCAUUUACCACCUCAUAUGAUUCCAUCUCUCUUUGUUAUACUCGACAAAUUUCCAUUGACUGCAAAUGGAAAAAUAGAUCGAAAACGUCUUCCACCACCUAACUUUCCAUCAAUGCAUCUCAUUAGUUCUAAUGAACUUUUGUUACCAAGGAAUGAAAAUGAAAUCACCAUUCAUCAGAUUUGGUGCGAUAUAUUCAAUUUAAAGCAAAUCUCAGUUGAUACAAACCUCUUCCGUAUCGGUGGUCAUUCACUUGUCAUUAUGCAACUAUUUCAUCGAUAUAAAAUACAAUUUCAUCUUCAACCAAAUACUCUUUCUAUUACUGAUCUUUUUCAACAUCCAACAAUUAUCGAUCAUGCUCAACUCAUUUAUCAAACUAUAAAUAUGAAAGAGAAUAUUAAUGACUAUCAUUGGUCUUCAUUACAUAUCAUGAAAGCUAAAGCAUCAUUUGCACAAGAACGUAUUUUCUUAGAUGAACAAAUUCGAUUUGCAUCAACAGAUAAUAAUACUAACAACAUGUAUGUUAUUCCAUUAAUUUAUCGAAUUUCAUCUAUGAAUGAUCAUAUAUCUAUAUCACGAUUACAACAUGCAUUUCAGUCUAUCAUUACAAAACAUCAGAUUCUUCGAACAAUACUCUAUCUUGAUACAAAUGGUACUAUUGUUCAACACUAUUUAGAUGUAAAUGUUAUUAUCAAUGAUAAGACAUCAUCUAGAUUUUCCAUAAUUAAUCUUUCCGAUGAAGAACAUGAACAGAAUGAAAUUGUGAAGAAGAUCUUAAAUCAAUCAGAUUUAUUUGAUUUAUCAAUAGGACAUGUUAUUAAUUGUCAUAUUCUUCGUCAUAAUCAAUCAAAUCAUUCAUUCACUCGGAAUAAUGAUCUAUUGACUAAAGAUGAUCUAAUAUUAUUUACCAUUCAUCAUGCAAUGUUUGAUGGAGCAUCGACAUCAAUCUUUCUUCGUGAUCUUUCUCUUGCUUAUCAAUCCAAUGAUUUGCUUCCUAUAUAUGAUAAUUCAUUACAAUAUAUUGACUAUUCUAUUCAUGAGCACAUAAUGGAUAUGACAUUAUCUCAUGAAUUUUGGUUAUCAGAACUGAAAGGGUAUAAUUUUGUACGCCAAUUAUUAUUACCUGUUGACCGACAACGUUCGUCAACCGAUCAACGAUCAGGUUUAGCUUCUACAGCUCAAAUUAUUUUCGAUGAUAAAAUAUGUAGAUCAUUUCUGAACUAUGCAUCAUCACAUCAUCUCACACCUUUUCAACUUGGAUUAUCGAUAUUUUAUGUGUUUCUAUUCAAAUUAACUCGUGGUGAGACUGAUUUAUGUAUUUCUUCUAUUUGUGCUAAUCGAUAUCGCAGUGAAUUACAUAAUCUAAUUGGAAUGUUUGUUUCAACACUGCCAUAUCGUGUUCAACUUGAUCCACA